AUGCCUAAGAAAGGUAAGGGGAAGGAGCCCGCCCCUGCUAAAGCCGCUGCUCCCGGCCCUCCACCCAAGCCUAAAAAGAUUCCUCCACCACCAGCAUGUUUCGGUCCUGAAGACUUAGCGAAAUUCAAAGAAUUAUUUAAAGCAUGCGACGAAGAAAAUAUAGAUAAGGUAAAAAUAGAACAAAUACCAUUCAUGUUACGAAAGCUAGGAUUCAAUCCAAAAACCCAUGAAAUAAAAGAACUCUUCAGAUUAUUUUUGGAAGAUGAUUUAGUGGAUACGGUGGAAUAUCAUGAAUUCUUAUUUAUGAUUGAGGCUAAAAUGAACUGGGGCGAUGAUUUCGAGUUGGCGGUGACGAAAGCAAUGGCUGCGCUUGCACAUGAUGAUGAGCACGAGAUAGGUAUUGUUGAUUUUGAAAUAUUAAGAGAAGAACUAACAGUCUGGGGUGAGCCUAUAACAGAAAUUGAAUUUGUUGACUGGAUAAAACUAUCAAUGAAAGACAAAACUUACAACAUAGAAGAUGGGACAUUUAAUUACGUUAAGUUUAUUGAGAAUAUGAACGCCAAGGAUGUUAAGUAUAUUAAGGAGCCGAUUAACUUCUACAAGCUUGAUCAGAAGACUUUAGCCGCGAUGGCGAUAAAGAAAGCCCAAGAAGAGAAAGAAGAACAGGAAAAGAAAGAUGCUCUCAACAAGGCCAGAGAAGAGGCGAAGAGACAGAAGAUGAUUGCUGAUGGCUUAAUUCCUCCGGAUUAG